UGAGACCAUAGCUUUAGCUCGACAGCGCUGCGUGAGAAUGUAGCCACAUAUCAACAUGGAAGACGAUGUGAUAAGCCAGCUUGAAGAUGAUGAGGUAUUUGAAAAGUUCCUACAAGAUGACUUCGAUGCCAAAGCAUAUGCUACCAAAGCUAUCCAGGGUCUGGCCAUCACUCGGCAGUUAGCAAAGUUGGCAGAGGGAAUUAAUCUCUUGGAUAAAGACUUACACUCUCAGGUGGUAGCGCAUCAUGAGGAUCUUCUGUCCCAGGCCACCGGAGUUGAAACUUUGGAAGGGGUCCUGCAGAUGAUGCAGACAAGAAUUCAGUCUCUUUUAGCUGCAGUUGAAAGAAUCAGAAGUAAAAUUACUGAGCCCUUCAACAAAAUUUUGACCAGAACGGCGCAGCUGAGAAGGCUACAAGAAGCAUGUGAUCUCUUACGAAGGAUCAUCAGAAUAUUGUAUUUGAGUCGGAGAUUACAUAGUCAACUCCAGGGAGGCGCGAGAGAGAUCACCAAAGCAGCCCAGAGUUUGAAUGAACUUGAUUAUCUAUCUGAAGGGGUGGACCUCGCCGGCAUUGAAGUGCUGGAGCAAGACAGGCGGUUCAUCAAGCAGGCUAGGAAGGAUGUGGAGAGUCAAGCACAGAGAAUGCUGGCUCUUGGUAUGGAGACAGAGAAUCAGACUCAAGUUGCGACAUCUUUGCAAGUGUUUCAUAAUCUUGGUACUCUGCAAUUAACCGUUGAGAAAGUGGUCAAUGACUGUCAUCAUAAUCUCUACAAAAGUGUUCAAGCUGCUUUAGAGGUCAAAAGCUUCAUUGGUUCUGGACAGGGCCAAGGAAAAGGCCCAGGUCGGGCAUCCUUACCAGCAACUGGGAACACUGCAGCAUUCCGAGCUUCACUCUGGACCAAUAUGGAGAAGUUGAUGGACAACAUCUAUUCAUCAUGUGCCCAGGUGCAGCAUCUACAGAAGGUGCUCGCCAAGAAGAGGGAUCCCGUCACUCACAUCUGCUUCAUAGAUGAACUUUCCAAGGACGGCCCAGUUAAUGUAUUGAAAACCUUUUGGCUGAAAGUGACAGAGAUGCUUACUAAUGAGUUUUCAGCUGCUGCCAGUGGUUCCACAUUCUUGAAGCAAGCAUUUGAAGGUGAAUACCCAAAGCUUCUUCGUCUUUACAAUGAUCUGUGGAGGAGAUUACAGCAGUUCAGUGAUUACAUGAAUGUGACUGUUACUUCCAGUUUACCGGACGUUGACCUCACAGUAGGAAUGGAUCUUUUGGUGGAAUCUGGCGCAGAGAAGGAAAUAUUUGAUCCAGAGAAAGCUCUAAGAGACUCCCUUGGAUUAUUUGAGACGGCAUAUCUAUCCCGAUCUCUCUCCCGUCUGUUUGACCCAAUCAACCUCGUUUUCCCUGGUGGGUCCAUUAAUCCACCGACAACAGAGGAGGUGGAGGGAAUUGCCAAAACAAUAUCAAGUGAAUUAAAUGUAGCUAGCGUGGACACACAUCUCAGUAUAACUGUGGCAAAGAAUGUGGCUAAAACGGUCCAACUCUACGCAGUUAAGUGUGAACAGUUGCUUUCUACUGAUGGUGAAGGUAGUCAAGUCAUUGGACCACCCACACCAGGACAGACAAGAAAUGCUGCUGUGGUCAACACACUGUACCAGUUCCAUCAGGUUGUAACAAAGGUGAUCACUGGAUUAACACAUUUUCCUCCCAGUGCAAUAGAUGCCAUUAAAAGAGCCUUAGAGUCUGUUGUCGUGUUAAUGGGUAAUGCAAUCAAUCCUCUGCUGAGCUCAAUAGCAGACGCCCUUGAAGCCAUCAUCUUGACUAUGCACAGUGAAGAUUUUUCAAGCCAAGCGAUUCCGGAAGGUGGCCAGGUUGAAGCCCCAUGCUCCCUGUAUAUGAAGGAACUACAACAGUUCAUUGCCAGAGUUCAGCAAACAUACUUAGCUCAGUUCCAGUGCGGAGACUUUAUAAUGGACAGUAUCCAUCCCAUUGCGUGCUCUUGUAUCGAGUUGUUUGUGAACCAUGCCAGCCUGGUACGCCCUCUAGGUGAUGGAGGAAAAAUGAGACUAGCAGCCGACUUUGCCCAAAUGGAGCUUGGGAUAUCACCACUUUGCCGACGCGUUUCAGAUCUUGGAAAACACUACAGACUUCUUAGGGCAUUCAGGCCAUUGAUAUUCCAAACGAGCGAGCACAUCUCAGAGAGUCCAGCCCUUGGUGAUGUUAUUCCAUAUAGCUGUGUCAUACACUUCUUAUUCACACGAGCACCUCCUGAACUCAAGUCUCCACAUCAGGCAGCUAACUGGUCAAUCAGUCGCUACUCGCAAUGGUUAGAAGAUCACAGCUCAGAAAAGGAUAGGCUGACGUUGAUAAAGGGUACAUUAGAGUCGUAUGUGCAGCUAAUACGAGUGCGGGAAGGCAAGGAAUUCGCCCCUAUCUACCCAAUCAUGGUCGACUUGCUACAAAGAGGAAUGAGGAGAUCAGGGCAUUCUUAAUCCUUUUGGAGACACCCACACAGCACCAGUGACCCUUAGGAUUUUUAAUUUGUACUCGAUAUUGAGAGGGAAUGAGAGCCCUGCCUAUUGUUGAUGUCAGUGCAGUUAUCCUAAUGUCCAUUUUUGGCUCACCUUGGGGAAAUCUGUACAAAACUGCAGUGUUGUCAUCUUUCGUCGUCUUUAUCCAGUUUAAAAAACAGUGGCAUGUUUCCUAGCCGCCAUGGCUAUGAACUUAAAACUUUGUACACAGGACCCCCAGAUGACCUCGGACACUGAAUUUGGGUGCGAUCUGAUUCUGGACUUGACCACCAGGGGGCCAAAUCUUAAAAGAUAAAAAGUGCAAUUAUCUCGUUUAUUAGUGACCUGUUUUCACUAAUAGGUACUCCAGGCAAGGAUGCAUCAUAUGUCAUACAGGUGUUUUUGAUUUGUCAUAAUUUUCAAGGUCACAGGGGUCAAAUGGUGUGAAUUGGCCGUCAGAGUGUUACUCAUCCUGAGAUACAGGUUUUUGAUACUCCUACCUUGUAUACAAAACCCUGAGAAAAAUGUAUCAGCCCGGUGUCUUCUAAAUAAUGCCAAUGGAAGGUUGUGUCCUUCUGCCCAUGGACAGAAUGUGAAAAUACGUUAAAGGGAACUGACACCGUCCAGCCAGUUCGUAUGACCUCGUUUUCAUUUCCCGCGUAUCGGGUGAUCAGAACGAGGCAUGAAUGAAACAUGGCGCCUAGCUGUCAAUCAUUGAGUGACGUCACUACUAUGAAAUUUACUACGAAAACUCAUGAAUGAAAGAUCGCAUGACUCACGGCUGUUUGACAGAUGUCAAAAGCACGAGGCCUUGGGCAACUUCAUCAUUUGUCUUCAAAUUCAACUCCUUCCGUAUUACUUUCCAUAUCGCCAGCGUCUCACGCGAAAUCCAUAGCCGCUGAUCGGCUUUUGAGACCUUUUUUUCGUCGCCCCAUUACGCAAACUUUCGACAUGAUUCUCAAUAAUAAAAAAUUGAACUGCGCAUACUCGGGCACUGGGGGCGGAGCUACAAAUCUGAACUCGAACAGGAAGUCGAAAGUUUGACUUCCUCGGGCGGUGAAAGUCGAAAAGUUGGCUAAACUGCUGGGCGAUGUCAGUUCCCUUUAAUUCCACCUAAAAAAUAUCAAUGGCAGCACUGCAUUAUCAAUAUUUUCCAUUCUCAAGAUCCAAGUUCAGGAACCUCACGUGGAAUAUCAAUGACCAUGGUUACCAUUUCUUUCUAGCUCCUGUUCAACUAGAUCAUCUUGCUGUCUUGCGUUUGCUGCAUUUUGCUUUUUUAUUGUGGCCGCUUCUUCUCUCAGUGCAACAAUUUCGGUGAGGAGCAUGUCUCUGUUUGUGUGUACUCCUCAGCAAAUCUAGAAACUUUAGUGUUUCAGAAUUGCUAAGGCUGGAUUGGGCAUGUUUUCAAUUGUAUGUUUUUUCGUGCAAAAGAUUAAAAUAAUAUAAAACAACGAAGUGAAUAUUACCAUGAAAUAUUAUCAGUACUGAACUAAUUGAACAAAAGUUUGGAGUUUGAUCACCCAAGACUUGAAAUACUAUACUGUAGGGACCAUGUGCCUCUGGUGCUGUUAAAAUCACAACCUCUACAAUAGAGCGAUGAGAAGAUAGAUUUUUUGCUCACCUCGGGAGCCUAUGGGAUGAGGUGACGUCUGUUGUCGGCAUAUGUUAGUGCGGCACGUAGCGAUGUACUCUUUACCGUAUCCCAAAUUUUCAGUCAAAUCCGACAACCAAAUAUAGCCGCCAGGCGGCCAUCUUGAAAUUAAACAAAGUCCUAUUACUCUGAAACUAAGGAUCAGAUGGCAACCAAAUUUCAUGUGAUUAAUUUUCCAUGUACCCUCUAAAACAUCCCAAAUCUGAUGACAAUUUUGAAAAUUCAACGAAGUCAUGUUACUUCUAAACUGUUGAACAGAUGUCAACAAAUGUACACUCUACAAUUACCCUGAAUUUCAUGAACAAAAUGGCGGCCAGGUGGCCAUCUUGAAAAUUCCAUAAAAUCUUAUUAUGCCUGAACUAAUAAUUGGAUGUUAACCAAUUUUCAUGUGACAGUGUAUCUAUUAUACUCUACAAUUAUCCCUGAACUUCAGUCAACUUCAUAACCAAAAUGCAAUACUUCGAUGGUACCGGUAAUUUUUUUUGGUGCCAUUAAGCCGAGAAGAAUAAUAUCAUUCAAUGGAAUAAAAACUGCUGAAAUAAGCCAAGAUAUUGAAGCUUAGGCCUUGGUUGUUAUAUUGUUUGCUUUACGGGCACCCUGAAAGUUACCUGAGGGCGAAAUAAAAAUUAUGUUUCUGGGCAAAAACGACUGUACUUCACUUUUUAUGCCCCCGCCAAUGCGUAAAGCAUUGCGGAGGCAUUAUGUUUUACCGAUGUCCGUCAGGCGUCGGGUGUCAGGCGUUAGACGUCUGUUAACUUUUUGUUUACCCUCAUUUUAAGGUGUACGCUUUUAGCAAUAACCACAAAGCCUUUCUUGUGGUUUGACAUCUCCUAAAGGAAGGUUCCUUUCGAAAACGGGCUCGUUCUGAUUCACAUUAUGGCCUCCAGGGCGGCGUGUAUGGCAAGCGGAGUGUCCAGUAAUUAAAAAAACCUAGAGUUAUUAAAAAAACCUGGUCUUUUACCUAAUAAA